AUGCUAUGUCGCUCUUUAGAAGACAUUCUCAUGAGUGAUGAUGAUUCAAGUCUGAGACAUGUAGCAACCCCAGAAGACUACACUGAUAUGUUCCAUGUUCAAAUGGUUCUAAUGUUCGAAUGGGCAGAGAAACUGCCUGAAUUCUGUUUGCUCCCAGAUCCAUUAGACAAGGCGAAACUUUUGCGGGCAUUUUCUCUUCAUUAUCUACUACUGGACAAUGUGUUUUAUACUAUGGAACUCGGAUUCGAAGACAGGAUUGUCUUUGUGAACAACAACUUUGUGAAACCUUUUGAAGUUUCUGCAGUUGGGUAUAGCGAAUUAUCCGAAGGAACCGCAGAACUAAGAGAGACGGUCAGUAUCGCAUUGCAGAAAAAAAUUCAUUUUGCAUCACAUUGA